AUGGACGACUCCGAUGAGCUCAACUGUCGUGGUCGCACGUGCAAACCAGACCAGUUCACCUGUCAGGAGGGUCAGUGUAUCCCCAGCAAGUACAGAUGCGACCAUGUCAAAGACUGUGUGGACAGUUCAGAUGAGAACAACUGCAACUAUCCAACAUGCACAGAAAAAACGUGUGCUAAUGGAGCCUGCUACACCAAUUCCCAGCGCUGCAAUGGACUGAAGGACUGCAGGGACGGAUCUGAUGAAUACAACUGCACCACUCAACACUGCCCCAUACACCAAUAUCAAUGUGCAAAUGGCUACUGCAUCCCUCACUCCUUUGUGUGCGACCACUGGGAUGACUGCGGGGACUUCAGCGACGAACAAGGCUGUGUCUAUCAUAGCUGCAGUGGCAGUCAGUUUACUUGCAGUAACGGCCGUUGUAUUCCUCAAACAUGGGUGUGCGACCAUUUCAAUGACUGUGGUGACUACAGUGACGAGAAAGGAUGUGACAGUGACUCGCGGGACUGUUAUCCUGGCGAAUGGGGAUGUCCUGACUCCAAUGAGUGUAUUCCUCUGAACAAAGUCUGUGAUGGAAAACAGGACUGUCCUGGAGCAACCGAUGAAACCAACUCCACAACUCAACAAACCUGCAGUCUGAACCGGUGCUCAACCUUGAGCUGUGAGUAUCGAUGCCACAGUUCGCCACAAGGCGGGGUGUGUUACUGUCCGGAGGGCUAUGUGGUGGCCAACGACAGCCGAACAUGUGUCGAUUACAAUGACUGUCAAAUCUGGGGAAUCUGUGACCAAAUGUGUGAAGAUCGUCCUGGAACGCACCACUGUAGCUGUGCUGACGGAUAUUUCCUGGAGCACGGUCAAAUUUGCAAGGCUAAUGUGUCAGGUGGAUUGCCACAGCUGAUUUUCACUGACGGGGGAGAAGUGAAGAUGGCCGACAUACAUGGACGAUUUGUCCGAACUUUGGUGCCGUCCCAGGGGAGAGGGUAUGCUGUCGGUGUGGCAUACCACUGGCACCACAACCGGGUUUUCUGGAGUGAUUCCUACGCCAAAAAGGUUUACUCUGCUGAUUUCAAUGGGGGUGACAUUAAGGAGAUUUUGACCUUGGCAGUCCAGAAUGUCCAGAACCUGGCCGUGGACUGGAUCAAUUUCAAGCUCUACAUUUUAGAAGCCAUGGUGGAGCGCAUUGACGUGUGCGACUUGGAUGGAGGGAAUCGGGUCACACUGGUGGCAGAAAACUUGCACACCCCCCAUGGCCUUGCCCUGGACCCGACAGUGGGUUACAUGUUUUUUACCGACACGGGCAGUAACAGCGAGCACAUGAAGCUUGAACGGGCCUACAUGGAUGGCAGUAACCGUCACCAACUGGUGAAGACCAGGCUUGGGAGUCCUACAGGAAUCACUUUAGAUAUUGUCACAAAGAGAGUCUACUGGUCAGACAGCCAUUUUGACACCGUGGAAACGGUCACCUACAAUGGCUUGGAAAGAAAAACGGUCCUAAAUGGAGGAACCCAGGCGCCACAUCCUUUUGGUCUUGCUGUUUUUGAGAACCACGUGUUCUUCACUGACUGGACAAAGAUGGGUGUCAUCAGAGCAAACCGCUUCAAUGGCAGCAACCCCUCGCUCCUCUACCGCACCGCCAAGCAACCUGGCCAGGUUGUGGUCUCACACCCGGUUUUGCAGCCUGUCGUAAUGAAUCCCUGUGGCAGACACAAUGGUGGCUGUCAGCACAUUUGUGUUCUGAGCCACUCCUCGGACAACGAGGGUCUGGGAUUUCGUUGCAAGUGCCGCCAUGGCUAUGACCUUAUGCCGGACCGUCACUCUUGCACCAAGCUGAAGGACUAUUUGUUGAUGGCUACGACUCUGGCGGUCCGCGGGAUCCCACUCAACUUCUCCCAGCAGGAAGACGUCAUCCUUCCUCUCACUGGACUCAGUACCACUUUUUCUGGCUCAGCAGUGGAGUUUGAUGGCAACGAACAGGCUAUUUUCUACAAUGACAGGACGAGAGGCCUGGUGUAUAAAUCCAGCCUUAAUGGCACAGUUCAACAAAUUUUAACGGGGUACAGAGUUGGAUCCAUUGAUGCCAUGGCUUAUGAUUGGACGUCCAAAGUCUUGUUUUGGACCACGAGCACCUACAGAGCCGUGGUGGCUUUCAAAGUCACUGAUAAGUCCAGGCGGGACAUCGUGACUGGGUUAAGGAACCCAAAGGGAAUCGCUAUCCUCCCGUCGGCAGGCUACUUGUUCUGGUCUGACUGGUACCGGCCAGCUGUCAUCAUGAGGGCCUACACCGACGGGAGCAACGCCAUUCCUCUGGUCAACACAACACUGGGGUGGCCAUAUGGACUUGCCUUGGACUAUCUGAUGGAGAGACUGUACUGGGUCGAUUCCCUUUUGGACCAGAUUGGUCACAUAAAUAUUCAUGGAGCUGACAGACAGACGUUCAGCAAUAUUGGGCAGAUCACUCAACCAUACUCACUGACUGUCUACUCCGAUUACUUGUUUGUGGCUGACACAAGGACCAGAACCAUUUACGAGUUGAGGAAGAGAGAUGCAGGCGGAAGUGUCGUAGUCAGACAAGGCGUCUUUGGAGUAAUGAAUGUCAAAGCCUACACACCUGAUAUCCACAGCACGUUGAAGAGCCGGUGCAAUAUGAUUCCGAAUGGUCUAUGCAGUCACUUCUGCUUCCCAACUCCGGCGGUCGGUCGAGUAUGCGGCUGUCCGUUUGGAAUGAAACUGCAUGACAAUGGGAAUGACUGCAUCAAAGACGAUUCAGUUGUUCCGCCUGACAACAUUUGUGGCGACUACUCAUUUGAGUGCGACGAAGGGCGCUGCAGGCCCAACUCCUACCGUUGCGAUGGGUAUGCUGAUUGCGUGGAUAAGACUGAUGAAGCCAACUGCACUGACACAGGAGCCACAUGUUCUCCGUACGCAUUCACCUGCGACAACAAACACUGCAUCUCAAAAGGUUGGCGCUGCGAUGGCAUUGACGAUUGCGGCGAUGGAUCGGAUGAAGUCAACUGUCCUACUCGGCUUCCGACCACCUGCGCUUCUGAGUACUUUACCUGCGAUAACAACAGGUGUAUCUCCAAGAUGUGGUUGUGUGAUGGCGAGAAUGACUGUGGGGAUGGCUCCGAUGAACACAACUGCAGUUCUACCAUCACCACAUGCCCGCCCUCCUACUUCUUGUGUCCUGAUCACCGCUGUAUAUACAACGCCUAUGUGUGUGAUGGAGACCAGGACUGUUUGGAUGGAUCUGAUGAGAAAAACUGUGAGUUUUCCUGUGCCUCCUAUGAGUUUGCCUGUGCAAGUGGGGACCAGUGUGUCAGCUCAUCAUAUCGGUGCGACGGAGUCUUUGACUGCAGGGAUCAUUCGGAUGAACAAAACUGCCCCACCAGAGGUCCCGGCUUGUGCCACAAAGAUGAGUUUCAGUGUCAGGCUGACGGGCUGUGCAUACCAGAUGAGUGGGAAUGUGACGGCCAUCCGGACUGUGAGGACGGUUCGGAUGAACACAACUCCUGCCCGCCUGUGACCUGCCGAACAAACUAUUUCCAGUGUAACAACAAAAUAUGCAUUCCAAACAGCUGGUUGUGCGAUGGCCAGAACGACUGCCGUGACAUGAGUGAUGAGCAGAACUGCCCUACCCCUCCAUUUAGCUGCCCGUCGGGCCAGUGGCUUUGUCCCACUGACCAGGUUUGCAUUGACCUGAAUAAGGUCUGCGACGGUUCGCGAGACUGUCCCAAUGGGGCUGAUGAGUCGCCCAUCUGCAAUGAAGACGACUGUGCACUCAACAAUGGCGGGUGCAGUAAUGGCUGUGUCCAGGGUCCGUUUGGGGCUCAGUGCACAUGCCCCUCUGGAUUCCAGCUGCUUAAUGACUCCAAAACCUGCGACGACAUCAACGAGUGUCUGAUCCCUGGUUUCUGCAGCCAGCAGUGCUACAAUGAGCGUGGCGGCUUCAGGUGCCAUUGCUCGCAUGGCUACCAGCUGGAGCCUGACGGCCGCACUUGCAAAGCUACAGACCCUCUUGCUGCCGUACUUCUGGUUGCUAAGCGUAGCCAGAUCCUUGCCAAUCAAAUCAACGCCAAGCCGCCUCUCACUCGUCCUGUUGUCACUGGUUCCAGUAUAGUUUCAGUUGAUUUUGACCGAGCUACAUCCAGAAUUUUCUGGGCCGAUGCCUCUCAGAAGAAGAUAUGGAGUGCCUUCCAGAAUGGGACGGACAGGAAGGAGGUUUUCUCUACUGGCCUGCUGGUGCCAGAGACCAUAGCUGUUGACUGGGUGGCUCGGAACAUUUAUUGGACUGACUCCGUCAAUCAGAAUAUUGAGGUUUCAACUAUGGAUGGACGCUUCCGGAAAGUUCUCGUCUCCAAAAAUGUCACUAGUCCUAGAGGACUGGUUUUGGACCCACGCAACCAUACAAACCUGAUGUUCUGGUCCGACUGGGGUCAGAACCCGAGAAUCGAACGAGCAGCCAUGGAUGGGAUCGCGAGAAAAGUCAUUGUCAGCACAAAGUUAUACUGGCCCAGCGGUUUAGCACUGGACUACACAACACGCAGGCUGUACUUUGCCGACGCUUAUCUGAAAUAUAUUGACUACUGUGACUAUGACGGGAAUAACCGUCAGCAAGUGAUGGCAAGUGACAUGGUACUCCAACACCCACAUGGUAUGACCAUCUUUGAGGACCACAUCUACUGGUCAGAGCGCUACACAGCAAAAGUGAUGCAGACUAACAAGUUCCACGGAGGCAACAUUACGAUCCUGAUGAACAGCGUGUCUCAGCCAAUGGGAAUAGUCAUGGACCAUCCACUGAAACAGCCGGCAGCGCUCAACCCUUGCAGAGAUCAUCUCUGCACACAGCUGUGCCUACUGUCAAAUAUCAGGCCGCGCUACUACACCUGCCACUGCCAGUCUGGCUGGAAGCUGGACUCAGACCAGCGCACCUGCAUCAAAGAUGAGACUCCAUUCUUGAUGGUGGUGAGAGAUUCUGCGAUAUUUGGAAUUCCUCUUGACCCAAAUGACCCCUCUGACAACGCCAUGGCACCAGUGUCAGGCAUCAGCCAUGGCCGGGACAUUGACUUUGAUGACCAGGAGCAAUUUGUCUAUUGGGUGCAGAGCACAGGAUCCAUAUGGCGUGUUAAAACCAGCGGCACCAACAGGUCUGAGUUUGCGCCAGCUGCUAUUUUGGGCUCACCCUCUGGUCUUGCUUUUGAUUGGAUUGGCCGAGUCAUGUUUUACACCAACCCUACUAAUAAAGCGAUAGAGGUGAUCCGUGUGGAUGGAGAUGAGCACUACAGGAAAACGCUGAUCGUGUCCACUGGGAAACCUGAGGGAGUUGGAGAGCCAGUUGGAAUCGUGGUGGAUCCAGCAAGAGGGAAACUGUUUUGGACGGACAAAGGUUCCGACAAUGGCGUUCCUCCAAAAGUUGCAAGCGCUGAUAUGGAUGGCAGCAAUCUCAAAAACCUCUACACAGGCAACUUGGCAAACAUUGGAUAUCUGGCUGCCGAUAUGUCUGCAACAAAACUCUACUGGACUGUGGCCAGCACUGGGAUGAUUGAGAGCGGCACGAUGGAUGGCUACAGCCGGGUGACUGUGGUCAGUUCGCUGUCUCAUCCAUGGGGGCUGACCAUCUACCAGAAUCACCUCUAUUACACUGACGUAGAUUUCGAGGUGAUCGAGAGGGUGGACAAGGACUCUGGUGCAAAUAUGGUCGUGAUGAGGAGCGGGAUGUCUGGACUACGAGCACUUAAAGUCCACGCCAGAGACAACACGGCAGGAACCAGCAACGCCUGCAGCUCCAAUAAUGGAGGCUGCCCACACCUCUGUCUACCAAAGCCAGAAAACCAGAAGAGCUGUGCCUGCACCACUGGCUUCUACCCUUCUCAAGAUGGCUCCAAAUGUCAACAAUAUGAAUCGUUUGCCGUCGUUUCAACACAGACGCACAUCCGAGGCUUCCACAUUAACAGCUCCGACCACUCUGAGGCCAUGGUGCCGAUCGGUGGACCCUCAUAUUCUAACAAGAACAAACUGGACCUCCACAUAGCGUCAGGCUUUGUUUAUUGGACAGACAACAGUACCUCUAUAUCAUACAGGGGCAUCUUUCGGGCCAAAACAGAUGGUGGGCAUUACAAAGCUGUGGUUAAUUCAGGUGUUGGCCGAAGAGGUAUUCAAGGAAUUGCUGUUGAUUGGAUUUCUGGCAACCUGUACUUCACCAAUGCCUUUGACAGUGAGACCUUCAUGGAAGUGCUCUCCAUAAACACCACCUACAGAAUGGUUCUUUUCAAGACCUCAGAGGAUCAGCCUCGUGACGUGGCAGUCGACCCGAAGCUUCGCUAUCUCUUCUGGGUGGAUGGCGGUCAAACACCUAAGAUAGAACAGGCCUUGCUGGAUGGCACUAAUCGCACAGUGCUGGCUUCAGACAGCCUGGCGUCGCCUCGUGGCUUGACCGUCGAUUACACCAACGGCUUUCUUUACUGGACGGACGACGUUCUGGAUAUGAUCUCCCGUAUGGCUGCAGACGGUUCCAUGAGACAGAUAAUUCGCUAUGGAAGUCGGUAUCCAUCUCCGAGAGGACUUGCGAUAUUUGGAAACUACAUGCUGUGGGUGGAUAGCAAGCUCGGGAAACUCUUCCAAGCAAGCAAACAACCGGACAACACUGAUCAACCAGAGGUAAUCCGCGACAAUCUUGGCGGUCUGAUGGAUGUCUCUAUAUUCGAUCCCCACCUCCAACCGACAUCUGCCGGCCAGGUGGGCUUCAACCCGUGCCACGAAGACAACGGCCGCUGCCAGCAGCUCUGUUUUGCCAUACCAGCUCAGGAAGCACCAAAAUGUGCUUGCGCUCAUGGGUCGCUUCUUAGUAAUGGAGUCACGUGUGGUUAUGGACUGGAUGAGUUCUUAGUUUUCACCACUGACUACACACUGAACAGCAUGAGGUUAGACCCCGAGGACCACAGCAGCCCAUUUCCAACAGUGAAUAUCGGGUACAACCUGGUGGCCCUGGAUUAUGACUUCAGGGAGAAGAGAGUUUUUUUCACACAGUACCUGGGAAUUGGCCGCAGCAGGAUUGGAUACAUCACGACGACGUCUAUCCCAAGUCCGCCCGUCAUCAUCGCAGCAAAUCUAGAUGACCCAGAGGGACUGGCUUAUGACUGGGUCCACAAGCGUCUCUAUUUCACUGACUACUACAGCCAGAAUGUCCAAUCCAUUGGGGUGGAUGGAAUGAAUCGCUCUGUCAUUGCCCAUGCCAAUCGCCCACGAGGCAUCGUUGUGGACCCCUGCUAUGGCUACCUCUACUGGACGGACUGGGCCGGUCCUGCCAAGAUUGAACGGGCAACACUGGGUGGAAACUUCAGGACUCCCAUCAUUGAUACCCGCUUGACAACUCCAAAUGGCCUGUCCAUAGACUUCGAGGAGAGGAUGUUGUACUGGGCUGAUGCUUCAUUGGACAAAAUUGAACGAGCAACACUGACGGGUCAAAAUAGAGAAGUGAUUGUGCAGGGGGUCCAAUACCCUUUUGCCAUGACAGUUUUCAAGCAGGACAUCUUCUGGACUGACUGGACGGAAAAAGGUGUCUUCAGAGCUGGAAAGGACGAUGGCUCUGGGUUGACUGUGUUAGCCCAAGACCUUCAGUACAGACCCAAUGACAUCCAUGUCUAUGCCGCAUCAAAACAGGAAAUGUGCUCCAGUCCAUGUCAACAGUUCAAUGGAGGCUGCAGUCAUGUUUGUGUAGCUGGUCCUGUGGGUCCAGAAUGUCAGUGUCCUCACCAGGGGAAGUGGUACCUGGCCAACAACGGCAAAGACUGUAUUCAAGACACUGGGAAACGAUGUCAAGCAGAGCAGUUUACCUGUCUAAACGGAAACUGCAUCACUGCACAGUGGAAGUGUGACGGUCAUAAUGACUGCCAGGAUAAUUCUGAUGAGCGGGAAACGGUUUGCGCCUUCCAUACAUGUUCUGCCAUCGAGUUCACCUGCGAUAAUGGGCGAUGUGUGCCGCUCAGCUACGCCUGCGACUACAUCGACGACUGUGGUGACAACAGUGACGAGAAGGACUGCGCCUUCCCCACCUGCAACCCCUCCACUGAGUUCACCUGCGGCAACGGCCGCUGCAUAAAUGCUGCUUUUGUCUGUGAUGGCUUCAAUGACUGUAGAGAUAACGCCACCUCAGAUGAAACUAACUGCCCUGACAGAACAUGUCCCGAAGGCCAGGUGAAAUGUGAAAAUACCAACAUCUGCAUUAACCCAAGGAAUCUGUGUGAUGGCAUCAACAACUGUGGAGACAAUAGUGAUGAAAAUCCUUUGUUUUGUGCUAGCCGGACGUGUGCUCCUGAGGAGUUCCGCUGUGACGAGAUCAAAUGCAUUCCUGCCACUUGGGUGUGUGACACGUAUUUGGACUGCAACGAUGGAACAGAUGAACCCUCAAGUUGUGAGGAUGUAGUGCGGACAUGUAAGCCGGAUGAUUUCACUUGCACAGAUGGGAACUGCAUCCCUUCAUCCCUCGUCUGUGAUGGCAACAAUGACUGCUGGGACAACAGUGAUGAAGCCCCAGAACUGAUGUGUGGCGAACGAACCUGCAGUCCUGACCACUUUACCUGCCCAACUUGGUAUCCGGGUCACCCACGCUGUGUGCCCAUGUCGUACCUGUGUGAUGGAGAUAAAGACUGCGCAAAUGCCGCAGACGAGCUUCAGAACUGCCCCAACCGGACCUGCCACAUGGAUGAGUUUACUUGUUCAAAUGGUCGCUGCAUUCUUAUUCCAUUCCACUGCGAUCGUGUGAAUGACUGUGGGGACGGAAGCGAUGAGCGAGGAUGUACUUACGAAAACUGCACGAGCAAUCAGUUCACGUGUGGCAACGGAGCGUGCAUCUACUCUGCCUUCACUUGUGACGGUGAAAUCGACUGCCUGGACGGUUCGGAUGAGGCGGACAGCUUGUGCUCCACACCUCAGCCCACGUGCGCGCCUCAUCAGUUCAUGUGCACAUCAGGCCAGUGCAUUCCCUCCAGCCAAGUCUGCAAUGGUGAAAAGGACUGCCAGGACAACAGCGAUGAAAAGGGCUGUGGUAUCAAUGAAUGCAAGAACUCUUUCGUUCACCAGUGUGCUCAGAUUUGCACGGACACACCCACUGGCUACUACUGCUCCUGCAACCCCGGUUACCAGCUGAUGCCAGACGGAAAAGCCUGCGAGGAUGUCAACGAGUGUGUCGACAUGCCGGGCGUCUGCAGCCAGAUCUGUGAAAACAGCGUGGGCUCGUACUACUGCAAAUGUGCCCCCGGAUACAUCCGAGAGGCAGAUGGACGCACCUGUCGCCAGAACAGUGGCAUUGCCCCGUACUUGCUGUACACAAACAGAUACUACAUCCGCAAUCUGACCACCGAUGGAUCUCAGCUGAGCAUCCCAGUGCAGGGGCUGUCCAAUGUGGUGGCACUGGCUUUUGAUGACUAUGAGAAGAGACUUUAUUGGUUCGAUGCCGGAACAGGAAGGAUUGAGAGGAUGAAGUUCGAUGGCACUGGCAAAGAGACACUGAUAGAUAAUGGAGUGAUCGGAACAGAGGGACUGGCACUUGACUGGGUUGGAAGGAAGUUGUACUGGACAGACGGUUUCUAUGGUUCAAUUCAUGUGAUGGAACUGGAUGGACGUUAUCAGAGAAAGCUGCUGACUGACACCUUCACAACUGGAAACAAGACUUACACCAUCAGUCGGCCUCGUGCUGUCGCUGUGAACCCCAAAUAUGGGUGGCUGUACUGGACCGACUGGGCCGACACACCGUACAUUGGCAGAACUGGCAUGGAUGGAACCAACGUGACAGCCAUCAUCACAACCAAACUGGAGUGGCCCAACGCUCUGACUAUAGACUACACAACAAACAAGAUUUUCUUCGCUGAUUCUCACCUCAGCUUUUUGGAUUUUGCAGACAUGGAUGGACAGAAUCGUCACCGGGCCAUAGCCGGUUCGCUUCCACAUGUGUUUGCUGUGUCCUUGUUUGAGGACUGGGUGUACUGGACUGACUGGAACACACACACUGUGGAAAAAGCCCACAAGUACAGCGGUGAACAGAGAACCGUGAUGGGCAACAACACGCAUCGACCCUAUGACAUUCAUGUCUACCACCCCUACAGACAACCCCGAAGCGAGAACCCGUGUUCCUCCCACCACCUGACUUGCAGCCAUCUGUGUCUCAUUGCUCCGGGUGGCCAGGGGGCUACCUGUGAGUGUCCCGAUCACUUCAUCGGCCUCGCUGUUGGAUUCAAGAUCCAGUGUGUCGCGGACUGCUCCAGCACACAGUUCCGCUGUGGGGACAACGAGAAGUGUGUCCCAAUAUGGUGGAAGUGCGAUGGCCAAUCAGAUUGCGGUGAUGGAUCUGAUGAGCCUCAAACAUGUCCACCUCGCGUCUGUCCUGUUGGCCAGUAUCAGUGUCAUGAUGGCAACUGCACCCACCCGGGCUUCCUCUGCGACGGACACGCCGACUGUUCCGAUGGUUCUGAUGAGGACGCUGCCCUCUGCAGUGACCACAGAUGCCAGGUGAACCAGUUCCAGUGUAAAGACAAGCUCUGCAUUCCUGUGUCCUGGCACUGCGAUGGAACCAACGAUUGCUCAGAUGGUAGUGAUGAGGACCCCGAGACUUGUGCGCAGAAAACAUGCAAACCAGGAGAGUUCCAGUGUAACAACGGCCGCUGUUUACCAUCGAGCUAUGUAUGUGACGUCCAGGACGACUGUGGAGACGGAUCAGAUGAACCGUAUGAAACGUGCAUGGGUCCAGACCACAGGUGCGAUGAGAGUGAAUUCUCCUGCAAAACCAACUAUCGCUGUAUUCCUCAGUGGGCGAGAUGUGACGGCACGAACGACUGCUUAGAUAACAGCGACGAGCAAGGCUGCGAGGCGGUAACUUGCGACCCCAUUGGGGAUUUCCGCUGUGACAACCACAGGUGCAUUCCAAUCCGGUGGCAAUGCGACGGAAACAAUGACUGUGGCGACGGAUCAGAUGAGCGGAACUGCCAGCCGAGGCCUUGCUCAGAGAGCGAGUUCAGAUGCGACAACUCUCAAUGCAUUCCUGGAAAUUGGGUUUGCGACCAUGAGAACAACUGUGGAGAUAAUUCAGAUGAGCGAGACUGCGAGUUGCGCCCAUGCCGUCCAGGGACCUUCCGGUGCGACUCAGGACACUGUAUUUCUGAUGAGCUGCAGUGUGAUGGUCGGGCUGACUGUCUGGAUUUCUCAGAUGAGACCAACUGCCCUACUCGCUUCCCAGGAGGACGCUGGUGCCCUGAGAAAGAGUUCCAGUGCGCCAACCAUCUGUGUGUGAACCAGAACUUUGUGUGCGACGGUUAUGAUGACUGUGGGGACAGAUCUGAUGAGCAGCUAUCCCUAUGCCUGACCGUCACUUGUGAGAUGCCGUCGAGGUUCCGCUGUGCUAAUGGCUACUGUGUAUACUCUGGUCUGCUGUGUAACCAGAAGGAUGACUGCGGAGACGGCAGCGAUGAAAAGGAAGAGCUUUGUCGUGCCCCAACACUGGCCCCCUGCACACUGGACGAGUUCAAGUGCACUAAUGGACACUGUGUGGCUCUGCCCUACGUGUGUGACCACAACGACAACUGUGGAGAUCUAAGUGAUGAGAUUGGCUGCAAUUUUGGCCAUGACCGUUACUGUGAGGAGGAUCUGUGCCAGCAGGACUGUACAAACCUUAACGGCACUGGCUUCAUCUGUUCCUGCCGACCCGGGUAUAUGGUGAACCCGGACAGCACCUACAACUGCCUGGACAUUGACGAGUGUGCGAUUUACGGGACCUGCCCACAGAACUGCAAGAACACAAAAGGGGGCUACGAUUGCGAAUGUGCUCCUGGCUAUCGCAAAGUUGGCAACGGAGACAUGUGCGAAGCUAAAGGUGCGCCUCCCGUGCUCCUCCUGCCAGAGAACAUCCGCAUCCGCCGGUUCAACCUGCAAACGCAGGUCUACCACGACUUCAUCCAAGAGGAUGAGCGCAUCAUGUCUUUGGACUAUGACUGGGACCACAACAAUACCGGCUACAGCAUGGUGUACUUCACGGUGGCCAGCAAGGACGCUCAACCUGGAGCCAUAAAGAGGGCGUACAUUCCAUCUGUGGACGAUGGCAGUAACAACAUUGGUGCCGCUGUGGAUCUGGGCGUCAAAUAUAUCACGAAGCCCGAUGGCAUUGCUGUGGACUGGGUGGGCAGGAACCUGUACUGGGCUGACUCCCAGCUAAAGAGGCUGGAGGUGGCCUUGCUGGACGGACGCUACAGGAAGCAUCUGGUCACGACAGAGCUGGGUCACCCAUCUGCUGUGGCCAUCAACCCGCGACUGGGGAUGUUGUACUGGGCUGACCGUGGCGAAGCGGCCAAGAUCGAAUGUUCUUGGAUGGAUGGACAGAAGAGGGCGGUCCUGGUGGACAGUAACUUGGGCUGGCCCACUGGCCUGUCUGUUGACUUUACCAACGGGGACAGGAUUUACUGGUCAGACUCCAAAGAGAGUCGUAUUGAGUCUGUUCUGCCAUCAGGGGAGGACCGCAGGACGGCUGUUUACAUCGAUGUGAGGAACCCCUUCAGUGUAGCUGUCUUUGAGGACCACGUUUACUGGAGCACUCAGGAGAAAGGCGAGGUGUUCCGACAGGACAAGUUUGGGCGUGGAACCAAAGUGAAGCUGCUGACAGCUGGGCCCUGGCUGACCCAGGUGUCUGUGUUCCAGCAGCAGAGAUACAACUCACUGGACACAAAAAAUCCCUGCAAAGGAACCUGCAGUCAUCUGUGUCUGCUCAGGCCUGGGGGCUACUCUUGCGCCUGUCCUCAAGGAACCGGCUUCCUCACUGGAAGUAGAACAGACUGUGACGCUGGAUUUGACCCACCGCCCACCAUGCCUCCACCUUGCCAAUGUGUAAAUGGCGGCACGUGCUACUUCAACGACAACCAGGCUCUUUGCAUGUGUCCACCGAAGUGGAGCGGUGACCAGUGCCAGAUCAGCAUUUUCACAGUUGCAUCAACAGUUGGGAUCGUCCUCGCUGUCGUCAUCAUUUUGGUCAUUCUGCUGGUCAGUGCAGUGUGCGCCCACAAGAAGAAGCCACACCUGCUGCAGAGCGUGAGGAGCAGGAUGCCGUCCAUGCCCACCCUGGUGGGCCUCAGAACAAAGACAAACCGCCAGCCAGAACAAGAUGGUGCCGUGAGGGAAAAUCCUGAGCCGGUUCCGUGCAUGUCUGUGUCCAUUAUGGACUCCAAUGGCCAGAGUUUUGAGAACCCUGGUUAUGAAGCAGACCAACAAGCCGAAGGCGACGUGGCAGCUGCCACUGAAGCUCAUCCUGCAGCUGACAAGGAGGCCUUUGAAAACCCUGCCUACAGCGUGGCGAGGACAAAUGCAGACUCAUUUCCAUCUGAACAGCUCGCUCCACCAAAUGCACUGCAGUUUGAACCCAUCAUAGACGACACUCCUGGUUUCCAAAACCCAGCAUACACUGAAAACAUGCGCGGCACUUCUUCAGACUCUGAGAUAUAAGACGUGUCGCCAACGUUAUGUUCGUCCCACUUCACCUUGGACACUAUUGCUGCAUAUUGUUCUCCCAUUUCAUAUUUAUAGAGCAAAUAUGCUGAUCUGCUGGCCACUUUUAUAACAGUGACCCUUCUGAGUGAAACAAUCCUGUAAGUCCAUCUUUACAAUUUAACUGGUGUGCAACUUCAUAGAAGCCUAUGAUUCAGUCAUAAUUUCUGUUUGCUUUAAUCGAGUCAUGUCCAGCGAAAAUCAAGACGUGCAUGUGGUGGUGAUUAUUGUCAAUAUUGUUUUCACAUAAUAAACCCAGAAA